AUGUCAUCACCAAGGUCCAAGCUCCCACUUCUUCUGUAUGGGAUCCUCCUGUGCAGCUCCUCUGCUCCGCUUCCAGUUAUCAGCCGGACGAGACAAACGGUACGAAGUGCCGGAUCGCUGGUUUCACCCAGCAGCAACAUCUGGGACAAGAGGGAAGUGACAGCGAAAGACGGAGAAUACCUGCUGGGCAUAAAGAGACUGAGAAGGCUUUACUGCAACGUGGGCAUUGGUUUCCACAUUCAGGUCUUACCCAAUGGGAAGAUCACGGGCGUGCACAAUGAAAACAGAUACAAAAGUGAAGGCUUCAGCUCGGGAUUCCAGCAGGUCAAUGCUGCACGAGUGGGAAAGCACACUGGUGGCAGCAGCAGCAACAUGCUGAUGAUGUUUACCUGCUGCAAGAGUGACGAGGAAUGCUGGUUUGACAGGUUGGUCGGCACCAAAGCAGGAACCAGUAAGACGGAUUAG